UAUGGGGCGUCGCCCUCGGGAGGCGAGGGAAGUUUGAAGUGUCCGGCGGUUUGGGACGGAAGGGGUACGGGAUGGAGGGGGAGCGCGAUGUCCCCGGCGAGCUCAGCCUGAUGGAUAAGGGCGUUAAGAGCUUGCUGGAGGUCUCGCUGAGCUCUGACCUGCACGCGCUCAACAUGCACUGUAACAGCAUCUCCAGGAUCGAAGGGCUCGGCCACCUCCGGAAUCUACAGCAUUUAGACCUAUCAUCAAACCAAAUCCACCGGAUCGAGGGGCUGAGUUCCCUGGUGAAUCUGCGCACCCUGAGCCUGUCUUGUAACCUGAUAACGAGAGUGGAGGGGCUGGAAAAACUCUUUAAUUUAACUAUGCUGAAUUUGUCAUAUAAUCGUAUACAUGAUCUUUCUGGAUUUCUAUGCCUUCAUGGAACCAGUCACAACAUCAGCCAUAUUGACCUUCACAGCAAUUGUAUAAACAAUAUUCAUCAUUUACUUCAAUGCACAAAGGGGCUGUGCUGUUUGACAAAUCUGACGCUGGAAAAAAAUGGAAAGGCCAAUCCUGUUUGUCAUAUAGCAGGUUAUAGAGAAACUGUUCUUCAGACAUUGCCCCAGCUAAAAACUCUAGAUGGAAGAAAUAUUUCUGGUGAACCAAUGGACCCAGCAGAAGACAAGUGUUCAAAUUUACAGUGUUUAGAAGACAUUCUGGGUGGUUUGGUUUCAUCUGGGUGCCCUUCAUCCAGAAAUCAGGACUAUGUUACCUUACCAGUGGUGACGCCACAUAUUGACCAGGCAUUAGCUCGUUUUCAUGAACGUGCAAGAAAACCAGUACAAAGCACGAUAAGCUCCUCUACAGAGCUUGUCUCCUCUUCAGAACCAGAGAAGGCUGAACUUGAUAAAAUCUACAGUGACAUAAGAUUUAAAAAAAUAGAAGAUCAGAUUUCACAGAUACUGCGAAAGGUAUCUGAUGCCUCAAGAAGGGAAGCUACUCCAAAUGCUCUCAAAGCUAAGAGAGACACAGAUCCAACUUCUGAGAGUGAAAAUGAGAGUGUGAAAGAGAACAACAGAAAGCUUGUGAAAAGAAGCAAGAUCCCUACUUACCGCAGAACUACCUUGUCUACUAAUUGUCAUGCAAAUCAUCAUAAGAACAAAGUAUCUGACAGAGGAGUGAAGAAGAGUUCCUCAAAGUGUCCACACUCCAGCCAGAGAGACUCUCGUUUCAACUUGUCAUCAGAAGCUCAAGACUUGAAAGUAGUGGGAAGAAAAGCUGAAAUAUUAACUGGAAGACAGAGCAAUAUAGAAAAAAUAGAAGAAACUAAUUCAAAUGCCACAGAGGAAUCAACAUACCGAGUGCUGAUUCAAGAACUGGAUCAGGAGAAAGAAAGGAGAUGGAAAGCAGAGCAAGCAGAGAAAAAGUUAAUAGAGCAUGUCAGAGAGCUACAGAAGUAUGCAAAAGAAGAAAAGAAUAUUCAGACUAUGGCGGUAUAUACUACAGACAGGUUAAAGGAAUUGAUAUUGAAAGAGAGAGGUGUUAAAAUAGGACUGCAAGCAGAUAUCCAGCAGUUGAAAGGUGAAACUGAAAGACUUACUAAUGAGUUAAAUCAGGCAAGAAAUAAAGAAGCAGAAUAUAAGAAGACCAUGCAAGCUUUAGAGGAAAUGCUGUCCAAGAUGGAGACGCAGAGAUUGCAGCAACGAACAAUAGAGAUGAAACAGGUGCAAGAAGCAGAGCUUAAAGCAUCAGCAAAUGAAAGAGAAGUACAGUUACUUCGAAUAUCCUUUCGACAACAGAAGGAGAAGAUAAAACAACUACAUGAACUUCUUAUACUAAGAGAGCAAGAGCAAAGGAAAGAACUUGAAAACCGAGUUGCUUUAAAUGGACCUGAAUUUCAAGAUGCUUUGUCAAAAGCUGUGGCUAAAGAGGAGCAGAGGCAUGAGCAGCGUGUUAAAGAAUUUCAGGAGAAAAUCAAUAUGUUAAACCAGGAACGCACACAGUUAGAAGAUGAAUUUCGUUUAGCUUUGACAAUUGAAGCAAAAAGGUUUAAAGAGGUCAAAGAAGAUUUUGAAAAUGUUUCUGCUGAUCUAGUUGAACAUAAACAAGCCCUCUUUGAGCUUGAACAAAAGGAAAAAGAGAUGACAAGUCUAAUCCAAGACCUGACAAGUAUAGUGCAAGAACAGAAAGCAAAGAUUGCAGAAUUAACAAAGUCAAAUGAAGAAGCUACAGGAAACCUAAAGUGUCGAACUGGAGAACUUGAAACUGUGAUUGAGGAGGACAAACAGAAGGCUGUUCAAAUUGAACUUCUGAAAAAGGAAAAUGGACAGCUUAUUUCUCAGCUGACAGCCCAGGAAUCUGUGAUUGAUGGGUUGAAAAUGGAAAGGAAAAUAUGGGGGCAGGAACUGGCACAACAGGGGGCUCAUCUUGCUCAAGAUCGGGGAAAACUGGAGGCAAAAAUUGAAGUUUUAACAAAUGAGAUUGAGAUGUUAAAAAAGCAAAAGGAACAGGACACUGAUACUAUAAGAAUUAAAAACAAAAUAGUGGAUGAUCAGACAGAAACGAUUAGGAGAUUAAAAGAAGGCUUACAAGAAAAAGACAAACAAAUCAGAAAACAGCGUGAAGAAAAUCUGGAAGCUCAGAAAUUUUUUCAGGUACAGUUGGAUGAAAAAGCUGCUCAAUUGGAAGACCUAAUGAAAAAAUUAAAAAGGCAAAAUGAUAGAAAACAAGAAUUAAAGCAACUGCUAGAAGAAAAAGAAGUAGAACUUGAUGACAUUAAGAAUGCACAGAGCGCACUGAAAAUGAAGUGGCAAGGUAAAGGAGACCUGUUAAGUCAGCUGGAGGUUCAAGUUAAACAAAUGAAGGAGAACUUUGAUAUCAAAGAGAAGAAGCUGAUUGAAGAGAGAAAUAAAAGUCUUCAAACUCAGAGGAUUGCUGUGGAAAAGCUUCAUGAAAUGGAUAAUGCUUUUAGAAAACAACUUGAGUCAAUGUUGGCAGCUCAUCAGGAAGAAUUAUUGCAGUUGGCAAAUGAAAAGGAAAAACAAAUUGAAGCAGCAAAUGAAAAAGUUUACUAUGUUGAAGAAGAAAUGCGUCAGCUUCUGCAGGAAACGGCAAACAAUAAAAAAAACAUGGAAAAUAAAAUAAGACGACUUACACAUGCACUGAAUGAUAUUCAACAAGAUCUUUGAAGAUCAUUGUAUAAUAAAUAUUUUUAGUGUAUAUGUCAAACUUAAGCAAAUUCCUACACUGCAAUACAAUUUUCCUUGUUUUCUAGAGAAUUAAUUAUUUGUGAUGUAUUGAUGGUUUGAGAAUGGGACGUAAAUAUUUUUACCAUAUUUUCAUAAUAAACAGUGAUUUCUAACCUUUGGUUAUUUUUAACUGUUUUGUCAAAAUCUCUGCAGAUGAAAAGCAUCAUCUCAAGUUAGGAAUUAGUACAUUUAAUAAGAGAGAAGAAUGUAGAAGGAAAGGCCCGAAAAUGAUAGCUUGAUGGUUUCCUUCAUUGAAGUAGAGAUUCUUGCAAUAAGAGAUAAGAAUUUACAAAAAAAUGCAUUUAAUCUGCCACUGUUGUUGAAGAAAGCUUGAGCCCUGCAACUUUGACUGGCCUUUUUGACAGCAUGGUUUGGUUCUGUAUCGGAAUAGGCUUCCUACCAGGCUUUUGAGAAGUAGGAGGUGAUGAACAGCUUCUUAUGGAAGUUAAUCAUAAACUUUAUAUUAAAAUGUUUGUUCUACUAUUUUCAUGAUGGAUACUUUACCAUCUGCACUGCACUCAGCCAUUUAUUUCAUUUGCUUGUACUUAGAAGAUCCUAAACUGUCCUUGUACUAUGCCAUACUCUGAGGUGUUUAAUACUGCAGUAGUAAGUAAAAUUCUAAGUGGUAAAAUCAGUUAUUUGUUGCUACACCAGAUGGCGGUAUUUCCUCGCACCCUGCACCUCGCAGGAGCUAAAGCAGAGUGCUCUUGCUCUAAUCAUGAUAGAAGCUGCGAAGUUGGUUUUACCAUCAGCUUGUUCAGAAGCCAGACAUAAGCACAAUGAUAUGGUAUAAUUAUAUAGGUAUUUCUGUGCACAUCAGCCCAGUGGAAGCACUAGUAAAAGGCCCUGGCCUUUUGCUAACUGUGCAAGGCCUGUUGGGCUUGAUAUAAGCUUGCUGUGAGAACUUGCCAUGUGAAUCAGAGUUUGAUACCAGCUGCCUCCUGUUGAAACACAGCUUAAGCGUGGGAUGUAACAAAGUCCUUGAAAACAUAGGCACAAGUUUAAAGCGGAGGCCACAGCACCAAAACCAACUCACCAAUGGUCAUGGACUGCUCUUUGACAAAGCACAGCCUUGAGAGCUGGGAACAAGGCAGCUUUCAGAAAGGAAGCAGCAGCAAAGGAAAAUUAAAAACAGCCAAACAACUGAAUAAGGCACCUGCAGUGGCCUGGGAAAACACCACCUCCAUCCCACUCAUGCAAUAACAUUGUCCAAGACUGGAGGGCUGGGGAUGCUCUAGGGAUAGCAUGGCUUUACAAAAGGUUAAGUUCCCAGAUCUAGGGAUUUUAAUAGGGAGCAGGGAGCAGACACCUGCUUAUGCUCUGGUUCCCUGCCUCCAGAGUUCCUGCACCUGGCCCUGCAGGCCAGCCAGGAGUGGAGCCAUCAGCAGCUAACCAGGAGGACUCCACUUUGUGGUACUGUUUGCUCCCAGCUAAGGUGGGAUAUAGCUGUUAAGGGCUGACUGCUUUGAAUCUCUGCUAACCGUUGAUAAUAGGUCAAAGUUAAUACAUAAUGGUAAUGACCAGCCAGGUGUAAGAACCAGCUCUUAGCAGAAUCGGGUUAACGAAUGUCAGUCUAGUAUAUUUUGCUGUGAAGCUUAAAAGUAGUCUAAUUUAUUGACCUGCUGGCAUCCCAGGGAUCUCGAUUCCCUGACAGAAAUGUAUCAAUGUUCUCUAAAUGCAGAAGGAAAUAACUUGCCAUUCUUACUUCAUGCUCUGCACACUUAUGCUUCUUCAGAAGCCAUGUUAUGUGAGGAAACACUUGGCUUGAAAGCUGUUCUAUAGCACUUAUAUGGAAGUCAGUCGUGCAGAAAUCCUGCAGCAUUUCUGGUGCAUUUCAGAGUGCUUUUCUGUCGUGUUUAUCAAGCACUUCCCUGUGUGCUUCUUUUUUCUUUGCUUAUUUUUUAUUUAACCUAGCCACACCAUGGGUGAACUAAAUAAUUACUUCAAACACACCAGGAAGGUAAAAGAGCUUGCUCUUACCCUGAUUUAAUUGGCUCAGGGUUUUCCUCCAAUACUUUCAUUCUGUA